UUGAGGGCGGGACAAUGCGGGGUCAGAAGAGAGGAUGAGAAAUCAUAGAUGUAAGCGAGAGUCUCACACCUCGCUUCCUUGAUAGUGAGCUUCCGAGUUCACAUUGACCUAAUUUCUCUCUGUGACUGACUGAAUAAAUAAAUAAAUAGAUUUAUAGGAACAUUUUAAAACAAAUACAAUUCAGCAGCAGCGUGUCCACCCCGAAAGAAAAAGGCAGAUGCAAAGGGAGAUUCUAGGCUCUAAAGGCAAUGAAUCUUGUGCGAAAAGUUAUAAUACUGUAUUCAAAAUAAUAAUAAAAAGUGAAGUCUACGGUACCGAUAGAGAAAGUGACGGGUGUCGCUCUAAUCGUUUGUAUCUCUAGGUUGGGAGCCAUAGAGUUAGGAAGUCUAGGGUGAGGUGUAGAGUCAGGGCUUAUGAAGAGAGAGAGAGCGGCCCCUGGUUUCCUAUGGGCGCGGGGGUUGAUGGGAAAGAGUCCACCCGGAAGAGUCCGGGGCUGAAGCGGCUCGUUGCGGGUGGAGGAAAAGCCGGCCCCUGGGUAGAAGCCUUACAACAACUUGAUAAGGCAAGUUAAACAGAAAGGCAGUGACUUACAAAAGGAAUGAGUCGACCUGGGGACAAGCAUUCCCUUGACAAAUAGCCCACCCUACUCAAAUCUAAUGUUGGAAAAUCAAUGUGUUUGGCUACAAGGACCCCAGCAGAUGAAAGCUGUACCUGUGAAAAACAGAAUGCUUGCUAUUAUGUUCCGGUGGUUGUAGUUGAAGUCUACAGAGGCCAUAGCUCAAACAGAUUGACUCAAGGACAAUAUGGCCUUCUACAGCUGUAACAUACUCCUUGCAGUGGCCAGGUCCAGGGGACCUCUCCUGCUUAUCCACUCCAACUCCUCCCCGUUUUCCCCAUCCAUUGCAUUGGUCCAGCUGGUGGAUUCCCAUCUCAGUCGAACGCACCUGAAGGACUCAGAGAGCCAGCAGCUACCCUAUAACAUGCCGCAGGGCAUUGGACUGCCUCACUUGCUACUGAAACCCAUGCGCAUGCUCCACACGUCGACUUGCUGGCACCAACAGCUCGAGGACAAGCCUCCGCCUAGCCAAAGUACUGUGAAAACAGGCCCUGAACCUGCCAAAGUCCCUGCAGCCCCAGAGACAGCCCCUCCCAAGAAAUCGUUAUGGCAGAAGGUUGUGGAUGAACUGAAACACUAUUACAAUGGAUUCCACUUGCUUUGGAUUGACACCAAAGUUGCUGCUCGGAUGGUGUGGAGACUGUUACAUGGGCAGGUCCUCACCAGGAGAGAGAGGCGAAGGCUGUUAAGAACAUGCGCUGAUCUCUUCCGGCUGGUUCCCUUCUUAGUGUUCAUCAUUGUGCCCUUCAUGGAAUUCCUCUUGCCUGUAUUUCUGAAACUGUUUCCCGAAAUGCUGCCCUCAACUUUUGAAACGGAAUCUAAGAAGGAAGAAAAGCAGAGGAAAAAACUGAGUGCAAAGUUGGAACUAGCCAAAUUUCUGCAAGAGACCAUCACGGAGCUGGCCAGGAGGAACAAAGCCAGUACAGGAGAAGCCACCAAGCUGUUUUCUUCGUAUGUUCAGCAGGUCCGGCAUAGUGGCCAGCAGCCCAGCACCCAGGAGAUUGUGCGGUUUUCUAAGCUGUUUGAGGACGAGCUGACUUUGGAGCACUUGGAGCGGCCGCAGCUCGUCAUCCUCUGUAAGCUGCUUGAGCUGCAGCCCAUUGGCACCAACAACCUCCUCCGCUUCCAGCUCCUGAUGAAACUUAGGUCUAUCAAAGCCGACGAUGAGAUGAUUGCCAAAGAAGGUGUGGAUGGCCUAAGUGUGUCUGAGCUGCAAAGUGCGUGCAGGGCGAGAGGGAUGAGGUCGCUGGGCCUCUCGGAGGAACAACUGAAAGAGCAACUCAAACAGUGGCUAGAUCUGCACCUAAGAGAAAACGUUCCUCCUUCUCUCCUGCUGCUUUCACGUGCCUUAUACUUGACGGAGGUGAAGCCCAAACCUAUGCCAGUGGCUCCAGCUGAGCCUCUGAAGAGCGAGGAUGCUGCAGGCAUGGCAGACGCGGAUGAUCACGAGGCCUUGCUCGACCCUGCCCCCCAAGUGCAGGAAGGAAAGAGUGAGGAAUUUAUCUCUGAGGCAACAGACAAGCGACCAGCUGCUGGAGUAUCAGUCAAGCCACCUGCAGGAGAGACGAAAUUGGAAGCCUCUCGAAGCAGCAAAGCCAGUGCCAAUGGAGUCUAGGUGUGCUCCCAGCAAGGACCAGGACACUUCGGGAACAAAGAACCACUCCUCUCUGAACUUCAUUAAAUUGUGUGGACAGUUCUUAUAGACCAGCUCUCUCCCUUGUCCAGGCAUCACCACCCUGCUCCCCCAAUCCCUCUAACCUCUUUGAUCUGAUCCUGGAUGGUUUUGUUAUCAGGGACAGGCAAAAGAGCACCUUGCGUAGAAGGUGGGCAGUGGGGGCACCCUCUCCCUUAACUAUAACCUGUGCAAUUUAAAUUAUUUUUUUUGUAAAUAAUGUACAUUAGCUACAAACAGGAUAAGCUGUAUCCCAUACAACAAUGUCAGAUGUUAAGAUUUGUGUUUCUUAAAACUUUUAGUAAAACAGUGAUUUAUUGAU